AUCCAACGUAAAAACCUUUCCACGGGAACAAGCGAGCUGAGUACUAAAACGACAUACCGAUCGAUCUAAAUUUUUUUGUUUUGUUUCAGAGCACACGUGAUAGAUGGGGUGGGCUCUGACUACUAGUGAGUGCUUUCAGUUCAGGUACGCAAUUACAGAGGCCAUGGCGACCAGCCUGCUUACAUUAGCUCUUCUUUCCCUGCACCUUCUCUUCUCCCCUGCCUCUACAGCUGAAACCAUCUCGGCAAACUCCUCCAUCGCCGAUGGUCAGACGCUUGUUUCAGCCGGUGGAGUGUUUGAACUCGGAUUCUUCACCCCGCCGAUCUCGACGUCAAGGUUCUUGGGCAUCUGGUACAGGGACAUCGCCCCUCUCACCAUCGUUUGGGUCGCCAAUAGGCAAGUUCCGAUCACCGGCACCGCCGCAAGCUUGGCCAUCAACGGCACCGGCAGCCUGGUGCUCACCGACCGGUCAGGACGCGUGUUCUGGUCAUCUGCGCCGUCGAACGUGACUGGCAGCAAUCCGGUGGCCCAGCUCCUGGACAGCGGCAACUUCCUGCUUCAAGACGCCAAUGGCACCGGGGCGGUUCUGUGGCAGAGCUUCGACUACCCGUCCGACACUCUGCUCCCGGGCAUGAAGUUCGGCUGGGACCUGACCACGGGGCUCGACCGGCACCUGACUACGUGGGCGAGCCCCAGCGACCCGUCGCCUGGAGACUACACGUUCGAGAUCGACGUCCGCGGCGUGCCGGAGGGGUUCAUCUGGUACAACGGCACGGCGCCGGUGUACCGCAGCGGGCCGUGGAACGGCCUGCGGUUCAGCGGCGAGCCGCAGAUGGAGCCCGACAACGGCAACUUCCGGUUCGAGUUCGUGGCCAACCGCACCGACGCCUACUACACGUUCCUGCUAGACGGCGGCGGCAACGACAAGGUCAUCUCCAGGUUCGUGCUGAACCAGUCGAGCCUGCAGCGCUACGUGUGGCUGCAGCAGCAGCAGGCGUGGAGCCUCUACUGGUCGCUGCCCAGGGACCAGUGCGACCGCUACGCCCAGUGCGGCGCCUACGGCGUCUGCGACGCGACCGCCUCGCCGAUGUGCAGCUGCGCCGCCGGGUUCACGCCGGCCUCGCCGCGGGAGUGGGCGCUCAGGGACGGCUCCGCCGGGUGCGCGCGCACGACGCGGCUCAACUGCACCGGGGACGGGUUCCUGCCGCUGCGCGGCGUCAAGCUGCCGGACGCGACGAACGCGACGGCGGACGCCAGCGUGAGCCUCGAUCAGUGCAGGCAGAGGUGCCUGGCCAACUGUUCUUGCCUGGCGUAUUCUGCUUCCAGCAUCAAGGGAGGCGAGAGCGGCUGCAUCGUCUGGACCUCGCCGCUGAUGGACAUCAGGCAGUUCCAAUCCGGCGGGCAGAAUCUGUUCAUCCGUCUCGCGGCAUCCGAUUUACCUUCCAGUAGUCGCAAUUCCAAAAGGAAAAACAAAGCACUUCCUGUUCUCCUUAGCUUAUCCGGUCUUCUCCUUUUCGGGUUUGGUGGGAUGUUCAUAUGGACUAAGUUCUUCAGAAACAAAGUCCAAGCCAGAAACAUGGAAGAUGAAUCCAGUCAGAGCAAUGGACUAAUGGACGUCACUCUGUUUGACAUGGCCACAAUUUCCUUGUCCACUGCCAACUUUGCGACAUCGUCGAAGCUCGGGGAGGGCGGCUUCGGCGCGGUCUACAAGGGUGAACUCGGAGGAGGGCAGAUGGUCGCGGUGAAACGGCUUUCCAAGUACUCGACGCAGGGCUUGGACGAGUUCAAGAACGAGGUGAUGCUCAUCGCGAAGCUCCAGCAUGUGAACCUCGUCAGGCUCUUGGGUUGCUGCAUCCACGGGGAGGAAAGGAUCCUGGUGUACGAGUACAUGGAGAACAAGAGCCUCGACAUGUUCAUCUUCGAUAAAGCUCGAUCGGCGCAACUGAACUGGUCGAAGCGGUUUGACAUCAUAAUGGGUGUUGCACGCGGGCUUCUGUACCUGCACCAGGACUCGAGGUUCAAGGUCAUUCACAGGGACCUCAAGGCCGGCAACAUCCUCCUCGACGGUGACAUGAACCCUAAGAUCUCGGACUUCGGUGUGGCGAGGAUCUUCGGCGGCGAUGGCGCCGACUCGCACACGAGAAGGGUGGUCGGAACUUAUGGGUACAUGUCUCCAGAGUACGCCAUGGAUGGCAUCUUCUCAGUCAAGUCAGACGUGUUCAGCUUUGGUGUGCUGGUCCUCGAGAUCGUCAGCGGCAGGAAGAAUCGGGGAAUGUACGGCAGCGGUGAGCAGACGAGCCUCCUUAGCCACGCAUGGAAGCUGUGGAGGGAGGGCAACGUGCUUGCCCUGCUGGACGAGUUGGUGACCUGCGAGUGCAGGGAUUCAGAGGCGGCGUUGCGGUGCGUGCAGGUUGGCCUGCUGUGCGUGCAGGAGCGAUCAGAGGAGCGGCCACACAUGGCGACGGUGUUCCUGAUGCUGAGCAACCAGAGAGCGGUGAUGCCGCAGCCGAGGCACCCGGGCUAUUGCAGUGACCGGGGAUCAGCCUCAACCGAUGGCGAGUACUCAUCAACAUGCACCGUGAACGACAUCACUGUUACCAUCGUAGAGGGUCGUUGACGCCGCGUGGCCUUGGUGACUGAUGCUGGAGGGUUUGCUACUCUAGCUAGCUAGUAAUGCAGUGCCACAGUUCCAAAUUUCUAAUCAAUGGAUGAAGCAGAAUACUAAACAAGGAUAAACAAAAACAAAAACAGAAGCAAAAUACAGAUAAACAUGGUGUCGUAAAUAUCAUAGAGUUCUUAUAAGUUUUGAAGUAGACUGUCGGUAGAGGACUUAUAUACAGAAACUCAGAGAGUAUGUAUAUGAAGGUUUUUUCAGCUUUA